AUGGACGAGUUAACCGAAGAGCGGAACCGAUUGGUGGCGGACAGGGAUCGGGUGUCUGAGGAUAGGGAACGACUGUCCCGUCGUUUGGCGUUCAGCGAGAAAUACAUUGAAUUAAUGCUAAACUAUAGGAAAUGUUUGAUUACUUUUGACAAACACUGUGUUUGCGAUGAAAACUCAUUGAAUAAGUUUGUGUUAACUCUUCUCGAGAAGGAGUUCGACACGUUUGAAGACAACGAAGACAACUAUCGAUACGAACCGAUGCCAAGCAAACAGUCAAUUGGUGUACAAACCGAUGAUAAGGAGAGUCGCGGACAAGAGUUUUCAUUUAUGUCGGAACAGAUUAAUUGCGAUCAUAUGCUAACCGCCGACGACAGUGUCGGCCAUAGCAUCGCUCACUUUAAUAACGAUUCUGUGGAUAGAAAAGAGAUUUUAUUACCGCUGAUGACCAGUCAAUUGAACGACGAAUAUCUGAUACCAGAGACGAGGGGUGACUACGAAGUAGCGGUUCCAGUGGUGGUCACCAACUCUACACCGAUACUAAUGACACGACCAAAGCCUGCGAAUAGGGCUAAGAAUAAGCCAAAUGCUAAGUCAACGCAGAGUGGCAUCAAUGAUGGCAACGCCACGGAUCAGUUUAAAUGUCCUAAAAUAGGCUGUUAUCUGAGCUUCAGUUCGCAAUUUCAAUUGAAUAAACACAUAAUGAGCGCUCACCCGAACGCCCGGCCCUAUCGGUGUCCCUAUUGUCCCAAAGCAUACAAACUGUGGCAUCACUUGAAACAACACCACAACAGGACUCACGCCAACGAUCAUCAAAGAGGGGAUCGAUUGUCGACCGACGACGAGAGGCAGCACUUCAGCCGAUGCCGUCUCGAUGACGGGUCGGGCUUUCGGUGCGAUUGGCCCGACUGUCAACAGGUUAUCAGUCGGUUUGAGAACUUCAAGGGACAUAUGCGGACUCAUCGCGGCGAUUAUCGGUUCCCAUGCGAUGAGUGCGACAAACGAUACGUCGAUUACCAGCGUUUGGUACGACACCAGAGGAGCGCUCACAACAGAUCCGUGGACUUCGAGUGUCAUUUCGCCGAUUGUCACUAUAAGACGAUCCAUAAGUAUCGGCUAAAUAUGCAUUUCAUGAAACACAGCCAACAGAAGGCGUUUAAGUGUCGCAUCAAUGGCUGUAAAUCCAGUUUUAAUCUCAAACGCAACUUAAAUCUGCAUAAAGACCGUAAACACGGACUCAAUCGUGUCAAACAUUACCCGUCGGAACAAAACUCAAUAUUUAUGUCUCAAUUGCCCAUCAAUUGAAUGUUUGAAAUCUUUAAUUAAUACUGUUUUGAUUAUUGUUUGUAAUAAUUAUUAAUCUGUGCUAACAUUAACUCAAACAACG